GCUUAGUUGCUUGCUUGCUUGCUGGUUGAGUUAGGUAUUCUGAAGAUUUUAAAUAUAUUUUGUUUUGAUCUACCGCAAAAUUUAAAAAAUUAAAUAAUUGCAACCAUAUGGAAAUAUAUAGGACACUACAUUAAUCAUUCUUUUUUUGAUGCAGCUAGAUGCAAAUCUGAAUAUAAACACCAAAUACAUAUCUUUUCUUUUAACUACUUUUCACUUUGUAAUUAUAAUUUAUGCACAAAACCAGCAACCCAAAAAUAAUUAAAUCAAUAUUUAUUUGUGCUUAUGUUUUUCUAUAAAAAUUAAUGUUUUAUUUAAUAAUUAUUUUUAAUAAUAUUUUUUUAUCUUAUUAAAGUAAACAAACAAAUAAAUAAUAAAUUAUUGUUAUUUUAAAUCGAAAAUUUUAUUGAAAAUUGA